CCGGGACAUCAACACCGCAUCCCUCACUAGCCCCCCCAAUCUCUAAUCCCCAUUAACUACAAGAUGGAUCCUUUCUCAGCAGAGGGCGAGCUCCUCAACAUCCACAAUGCCUUCCACUCCGGCCAAUACCAGACCGUGAUCGACUUCGACACCGCCGCCCUCUCCCCCGAGAACCAACUCCCAGCCCGUGUGCUCAAGCUCCGCGCCCAGAUUGCCCUUGGUCAGACCGAGGAGGUCAUUGCCGCCAUUUCUACCGAAGAUGAUACCCCCGACCUCGCCGCCACCAAGGCUUUGGCGCAGCAGACCGCCGGCGACAGCGACGCCGCCCUCCAGCUCGCUCAAGACCUCGCCGAGAAUUACCCCGAAAAUGCCACCGUACAAGUUCUUGCUGGCACAGUGCUGCAGGCCAAUGGGAACAGUGAGGAGGCAUUGGCGCUGCUGUCCAAGCACCAGGGUAACCUGGAGGCUGUCGCCUUGAUUGUUCAGAUCCACCUGCAGCAGAAUCGUACCGAUCUUGCCCUUAAGGAAGUCCAGGCCGCCAAGCGCUGGGCUCAGGACUCCCUCCUGGUCAACCUAGCCGAGUCUUGGGUUGGCCUGCGAGUUGGUGGCGAGAAGUAUCAAUCCGCCUUCUACGUCUACGAGGAGCUCGCCUCUGCUCCUAGCACCUCCGCCGCAAUCUCCAUUGUCGGCCAGGCCGUCGCUGAACUCCAUCUCGGCCGUCUCCCCGAAGCCGAGGCCGCCCUCACCACCGCCCUGGAGCAAUAUCCCGAUAACGCAGAGUUGAUUGCCAAUACCAUUGUAUUGAAUGUGUUGGCGAGUAAGCCCAGCGCAGACCUGGAGGCCCGGCUCCAACAGGUGCAGCCGUCUCACGCCCUCCUCGCCGACAUUCAGGAGAAGAGCGAAUUCUUCGAUGCCGCGGCGGCCAAGUACUCGCCGAAGGUGUCUUCGUAGACGUAUAGAACGUACGGGGAGAUGUAGUUGGAAAGUUCUAUCUUUGUUUCUUGCGAAGCCUGUUAUUUGGAGCCAGGUGCAUGAGUACCCUGCGUUGUUAUGAGUUGAUAUGACCCCUGCUCAUUGUAGAGCAAUUACUGGCAACAUGCUGUUUUUCCAUUAUUUUACCGUGUCCAAUAGGCUGCACGAUUUUCAAAAUACUUCAUCAAUGCUCUAUAGAGAAUGACAAUAUUGGUCCUGUAUUCAACUUCCCGUUGAGGUGGCCAGUUGAUGGCG